ACGAGAAAAGAGUGCAGUUGAUCAAUUGAUAAGGAGCAAUGGAAUUUUUGCAUCUCUAUGAGUCAAGCAGUAUAAAUUAAUAGUGCACCAGUUGCGCACACUUUAGUUUGUAGUAGCACGUGUGGGGAACUGGUUCGUCGGUAAAUAAGGUGGAAUGGAUUCCGGGCAAAGAUACUGCGUGAUCGGUGCUGGGACAGCUGGAUUGGCGGCGGCCAAAAGAAUUUUGGAAACCGGUGCGGAAGUGAUCGUGUUCGAACAAACUGAUCAACUCGGCGGAACGUGGAACUACACGGACUCGGUCGGAAAGGAUAAAUAUGGGCUGGAUAUCCACACUAGCAUGUACCAAGGGCUGCGGACUAACCUUCCGAAGGAAGUUAUGGGUUUUCCGGACUUUCCGAUCCCUGAACAAGAAGAAUCGUACAUUCCUUCGCAAGAUAUUUUGAGCUUUUUGAAAUCGUACGCAGACAAAUUUGAAGUUACGCGACAUGUGCGAUUGGAGCACCAUGUGGUCCUAGUGGAUAUAGUGGAGGGGCCAAAAAAAUGGAAAAUACUAGUGAAGAACCUACCUGAACAAAGGAUGGAAACGUUCUUCUUCGAUUUUGUGUUUGUUUGCAACGGUCAUUAUCAUACGCCUCGAUUGCCUUAUGUACGCAAUUGUGAUUUGUUCGAAGGAAAGCAAUUACAUAGCCAUGAUUAUAGAACCUCAGACCAUUUCAAAGAUGAGAGAGUGCUUGUUGUCGGAGCAGGUCCUUCCGGUAUGGAUUUGGCUUUAGAGAUUUCGAAGAAAGCGUUCCAUGUAACGUUAAGUCACCACACAAAGGAAUCGUUCAAAACUGUUUUCCCAUCGAACUUGAUUCAAAAGCCCGACGUCUCGGAGCUAACGAGCGUUGGCGCUGUGUUCCAGGAUGGCACCAGUGAAAGCUUCACCGUUAUUCUCUACUGCACCGGCUAUCGCUAUAGCUUCCCUUUUCUCAGCGCAAACUGCGGUGUUGUUGUUGAAGACAAUUACGUUCAUCCGCUGUACAAGCACUGCAUCAAUAUCAAUCAACCCACUAUGACCUUCAUAGGACUUCCGUAUUACGUGUGCGCGGCGCAAAUGUUCGAUCUACAGGCGAGAUUCUGUCUCGCAUAUUACACGGGGAAAAAGGAGCUGCCGACAAAAGAUGACAUGCUUGCCGAUAUGCACGAACAGAUGAAGCAGAAAUGGAUGCAGGGUUUGCGGAAAAAUCAAUCCCACAUGAUGGGACCGGCGCAGGGCGAUUAUUACGAUGAUCUGGCGAAGACAGCGGAGGUGGAACCGAUUAAACCGGUCAUGACCAGACUGCACAACGAAAGCAGCCAACGAUUCAAUGACAAUUUGCUCCAUUUCAGGAAAGAUGUUUUUCGAAUUGUGGAUGAUAAUACGUAUGAAGAAGUGGUAGGAAAUUUGUAAAAGAAUAAUUAAAUUAGUUUUUUGCAAUAACAUGUACAAAUUUUUAAAUAACAAUGAAAUGUUUUUCAAACAAUAAUAAAAUCCACCGAAGAAGUCAGUAAACCUAUAAAUCCAAUACGCAAACUGGCAAAAUAUUAUCUCCAUAUGUAAAAUCAUAAAUCCGUGGGGUAAAUAAUUUCUUAAAAAUCACCUCCUUGCAACGCACAAGCCAUGUGAUUCUUACCUUUUUCGUUUUCCGAAUUUAUCUAAGAUAACAGUAAUCUGGGGAUUCGUAACAAGUAUUUAUGAAUUGCAGUCUGGAGUCCAUUAGCAAACACAUCUACCGGUUAUAUCUAGUGACUGACCUCGCUUUUUAUCUAGAUCUAUAUAAAAAGAAAUUGGACUUUACGGAUGCAUUCGGAAGGGGUAAGAAAUUACUGUUCUAGCCAAUCAAUCACAAUCGUGUAUCUUCCGGUUUAAUUAUUUCUACGAUUAAUUAUAAUGCCAACGUAUGUCCCGCUAAUCCGGACGCUUGCGACACAUUUGAUAAAAAAAAGUUCAAUCUAUGAUAAGAUGCUUCCCAUCUGGUUGAACGGCUCAGUUCUACCAGUACC